GGUGCAAAAUAACAAUAGCCUGUGGCAUGGCACGUUUAUUUCGAGGAAAUCGAAUGGAUAUUAUCCCAAUCCGUGUGAUGUGAGGCUGUGUUUUUUCUACCACCGUAAAAGAGAUGGAAGGAAUAGAGCACAGAAGAGUGGAAGUGAAUGGAAUCAAAAUGCAUAUUGCUGAGAAAGGUAAAGAAGGACCUGUUGUUUUGUUCCUUCACGGCUUUCCUGAACUCUGGUACUCUUGGCGCCACCAGAUUGCGGCUCUCGGCUCUCUCGGCUACCGCGCCGUAGCUCCGGAUCUACGUGGCUAUGGUGACACUGAGGCUCCAUCUUCAAUAAGCAGCUACACAGGUUUUCACAUUGUAGGUGAUCUGGUUGCACUUAUAGAUUUGCUUGGCGUUGAUCAAGUGUUUCUUGUAGCUCAUGAUUGGGGUGCCAUCAUUGGUUGGUACCUUUGCAUGUUUCGCCCUGAAAGAAUCAAAGCCUAUGUUUGUCUCAGUGUUCCAUUUACGCGUAGAAACCCUAAAAUCAGAACUGUUGAUGGCAUGCGUGCUGCUUAUGGAGAUGAUUAUUAUAUCUCUAGAUUUCAGGAACCGGGCAAAAUGGAAGCUCAGAUGGCUGAAGUUGGCACUGCAUAUGUGAUGAAAAGUACCCUCACAACUCGGAAAACUGGUCCUCCAAUAUUUCCCAAGGGAGAGUUUGGAACUGGAUUCAACCCGGACACCCCUGACAAAUUGCCUUCUUGGCUCACAGAAGAUGAUCUUGCUUAUUUUGUUUCCAAAUUUGAGAAAACGGGCUUUGUUGGAGGAUUGAACUACUAUAGAAACUUGAACUUAAAUUGGGAGCUGAUGGCACCAUGGAAUGGAGUGAAAAUCAAGGUGCCUGUGAAAUUCAUUACAGGUGACUUAGACAUUGUAUACACCUCACCAAAGGUGAAGGAGUAUAUCCAUGGUGGAGGAUUCAAGGAAGAUGUGCCGAAUUUGGAAGAAGUGAUUGUCCAAAAAGGAGUGGCUCACUUCAACAAUCAAGAAGCAGCAGAGGAAAUCAGUAAUCACAUUUAUGAAUUCAUCAAGAAGUUCUGAGCUGACCUGAUGAUGAAAUAACGAUGCCGCUAAGUCUAUUACACGAUUCUUAGUAGUUGCAUGUGUUGUAUAUUUACAACAGUUGUUCACUUCUACUCUAUCCACUUAAUGCUAGAUAUGGAUCUAUCUGUUUGGUUCGAAGUAGCUCUCCACCAGGAUCUCCAAAAAGAUAUUGUACCUAAUAAUGAACAACAUUCAUAAUCCCGUUGUAGUAGAGUCUUUUGAAUAAACAGGGCCAGUGAAAAUUGACGCAUUAACCAUGCUCACAAAUUCAUAGUA